AUGAUACGCAGUAUUAUUUUUUCCUGGCCCUAUAUAAACCCGUUAUCCAAGUUUAAAACGCCUCUUUUACCAAACCCAUUCACGAUUGUUGGUGCUAUCCAGGUCGAGAAAGUUUUUCAUGGAGACCAGAAACAGCCCGACCGCUCCGCGGGCAUCACUCAUCCACCACCUAUCUACCCCUCCUCCCCCACAGUCAUAACAUGGGCCAAGGUCGCUCAACCUGAGAGGGUUUCCUUGGUUCACGCUCAUCGGGUCUCACCCUCCUCGGACCAGCCAGCGACCACUUACUACUCUCGUAUUUGGCGUAUCAGUCGCAGUAAAGGCAGCGUUCUCUUCGAUGUUAGUCCUGUUCCUGGCACCACUGCCGAUGUGGUUGCCACUCUCAUGACCGAAUUCCCUGAUAACUAUGGUAUCCUUAUCCACUGUGAAGGCAAACGGGUCAUCUUCGAAUUCAACCCGAAACAUGACUCGGAACGUCAACGUGUAAUUGAAGAAGGUGUUUCUUUCACCAACGACAUCACUAUCCGCGCCACUCCUGCCUUGGACAAGACCUCGUAGGUGAAAAAGCUGCGCUUAUCGCACCUACCAGGCUCGUCAUCCAUUUGCUCUCUUUCAUCCAAGGCCUCACGCACUCAUGUAUAAAUUGCUCCUCUCUUAUCCUUUCCCUAUCAUAUCCUUUUGACUAUUUUAAUCCGCUAUCUUGUCUACAUCCCUCCACUCCGACAUGUGGGCGGACUGUGUGUCCUUUACAAAAAAAAACUAUUGAAUGACUACCCAACUCGCUUUUAAACAAAAUUCCAUUCUUAUCUAGAGGCACCACUUACGA